UCUGACUUCUUCCAGCACAUGACCGGCAAUUCAGGCAGCGAUGCGAAUGCUGUCGAACAAGUCAGCCGAGCUACAGUAGUGAAAAAAGAAAAUAAAAUGCUUUGUACGAAAAAGCAAAAUUUCGUCGCCAUAUUGAAUCCGAAGCGAGUGGUGUCAAGUUGUUAAGUGUAGAGAGAAAAUUUUGCAGAUUUUCAAUUCACUUUUCAUUUGUAAAUUAUUAUUAUUAAAUAAACAAUAAACCACAGCUAAAUUGUAUACAUAAAACGAGUGUGUAUGUGUGUGCGUGAAUGUGUUUCUAAACGCAUUUGCUUUGUGAACACAAAAAAGCAAUAGUGAUAAAGUUGGUGUGUUUGUUAAGAAUCAACGCUUUGUACGUCGAUCAGUGUGCGAUGGUGUGCUGAGCUCGUGGGGAUUUGGUAAAAGUGUCGCAUUUGCUGAAAUCGCAACCUAGUCAAUUGGGAGAAGAAUUUCAUUUUACUUGUGUAUAGACGCACAACAGAGGAUUGCAUACAUAUAACAUUGCUUGUGCCCUGAACAUAACCUAGACGUGUGUGGUCAAGAUGGAGGAGAGUACCACCGCCACAACGGCGGCCCCAACGCAGGCAUCUUCCACCAACGACAGCGAGGAAAACUACAAUUUCGAUUCGAGUUUAUCCGAAGAGGAGCGUCGUUUCUAUCUAAGAGCAUAUCCGACUGUGGAUUUGGUGCGUGAGCGUAAAGUUCACUGCACCAUUUGUAAGAUGCAUAUCGGUACAGCACCAUGCCAAGAGGAAAUCAUAAGAAUGCAUCCAGUGCUGCGCGUAACACACUGUGUGAAAUGCCAUGAAUUUUACAAUAGCGGUGAAUUCAGUAAAGGCGAAGAUGGCUCCGAGUUAUAUUGUCGGUGGUGUGGACAAGGUGGUGAAGUGUAUUGUUGCUCAAGCUGUCCAUAUGUAUUUUGCAAAUCAUGCAUUGUUAAGAACCUUUCACGUGGUGUUGUUGUUGAUAUUGAACAAAACGAAAAUUGGAACUGCUUCAGUUGUGCACCCAAAAUAUUAUGGCCAUUACGAGCGCAGCAUUGGGCACUAAUACGUUUCAUUGAAAAGCAAAAGAAAACUAUUGAAGAAUGUCAAAGUAAUGAAUCUGCUAAAAAAGUCCUAUAUCAGAAGGACGUUUCAACUUGUUGUCGUUUGGCGAAAUCAAAAUGCGGUAAUAUGUCCGAUUCAAAUGAAAGUUUGGAUUCGGCCACAUCGCGUCGUAGUCAAAGUGGCUCCAGCACAAAAAAACCAGCAAAGUCGCCAGCACAAGCUCCCGCUCCUAAACGUAUAAAAACUUCAAACGAUGAAGUAGUUUGUACGCCCGAUUUGUUGAGCAUGUUGGAGCCGGAUUGUCAGAUUACUGUGCAACAGAAAACAGGUCAUACAUCCUUACCAAUGACAUCGACACCGAAAAUGUUAUCUCUGCAAACUCAUUCAUCGUCUCCGAGCGGCAUCACUUUGAAGCCACACAAUAAUACGCCACCGCCAUUGGUCCUGCGUAACACUGGCCUACCGAUGCGGCAUCCAUCACCUGCACCGAUUGUACGACGUACAAUUAUUGGUGCACGUAACACCACAAAUACAGGGCACACACCUGUCUAUCACACUAUCAAUGGUUAUCGUAUUGAUUUAAAUUCAGCAGCUCAACAAGAAACCUUCCGCUUGCCAAAUGGUAAACUAAUCCAGGUGAAACGUCAAGGCACAAAUCCGACACAGCACAACACGCCGUCGCCGAACAAUUCCUGGAUGCGACAAGCAAGCCCAAUAACCAUACAGCAUGCGGGUAGUGGACGUCCUGUACAAAUAACACCAACAAGUUCACAAUAUUAUACAGUGCAGCAACAUCAGCAACACCAACAAAAUUCUAUGCCACACGCGCAAAUGAUUCGCUGCUAUAGUAAUUCUACAUUGACGAAUGUAGGUAGUCAAAAUGGCGGUGUCAGAGGUACACAAAUUCAGUUGAUUAAUGGUGUGCCUGUAGCGCCAACGGCUACACCAGCAUCGGUAACCACUGCCAACGCUACGACUGCAGUACGUGCACCUCUCAUGGUGCGUCACGUCUUCCCCGACACUGCCAUUGGUCAAGCGCGUUCACAGCUACAGGAUCAAGUCUUCAAUGCCAUGGAGAUAUGCCAGCAUCUCACUGGAAAAGUGCAAACGCUAACCAACUCGAAUGCCUAUAAGCAGGCACGUAAUUAUCUUGAAGUCAAGGAGCUCUAUAUACAUCUCUCAUAUCUGUUGACUUACGCCAUUGGGCGUUUUAAGGGACUUCAAGAUAAAUGUUUAGGAGAUAUGCGUCAAUUGGGUUUCGUUAAUGAUGCGGAUAGUUUGGAAAAUGGGCAAUUGGCAGCAGACAAACAGGCUAGCGACGAUGAAGAUAACGAAAUUGAAAUUGUGGAGCCCAAGACAGACACCAUCACGCUCGACUCGGACAAUGAGGACGAAGCGCAACCAAGCAAACAAACAGUUUCACCUAAAAAGCCUCAAAUGCAAUCAGUUGCAACUAGUACCAUCAGCAAUACUCCUCUGCUACGGCAGCAAUGUCAACAAAGUCCCAGCAUCAGCCCCGAUAAUAUUAGACAAAAAUUGAUUUUGAAAGAACAUCUGUCUCUGCCAAAAGGCACUACUAUAAUGCCAGCUGCGCUUGCGCCUGCGCCGAAGCCUGUGCCUGUACCUGUGCCUGUGCCUAGCUUAGUUCAAAUAUCAACUCCUAAAAGUAUUGGCACCAUAACUAUUAAUAAACCACAGGAUAAAAUGGAAGAAGUAGAUAUGAUGACAGCAGCGAAGACCUUCCUCGUUAGCUUAUUGGAAGUUGAUUCGGAUACAGGUGAGGGUGGUAGCGAUUCAACCCAGCAGCAACAACGUAAGCAGCCACGUAAAAAGACUACCAAUAAACCGAAUCCGACUUUACUGAAGCAAAAGGAAAUGCUCGAACGUGAACGUUUGGAGGAGAUGAAACGCAACGACUUAAAAUUAAAAAUGAAAUGUGCUAUUUCAUUGAAAAAAGCCGAAGAGGAGUAUCCUUUCGCCAAGGAUAUGCUGGAGAGGCAUGAAAAUGAGUCAAAGACUGAUGCUGCGCGAGUAGUGGAUGCAGCUGAAACAGAUGAGGCAGUAGAAAAUAAUGAAAAUGACGAGAAGAAAGACAUGAAGGAUGGUGCUGAAAUAGAUUCUACGAAGCAGGACGAUGCUGCGAAUGAAAAUGAUGGCGGCGGUGAUGUGGAAAUACUGACUGUAGACUUAGAAAGUUCAAUUGAAGAGGAUAAAGAAAAUGAAAAUGAAAUGUUGGAUGGUAAAGAGUCGCCGACAGAUAAAAAUGCGGAAGAUCACAGCAAAGAAUUCACCAUUGUUAUGGAUGACGAUGAUGAUGACAAAGAGAAAUCAUUGAUUAUAGAGGUUGAAGGUGGCACCAAUAGCGGCGAGAAAGAGCCACUCAAAGUGGUAAUCGAUGCAAAGACAAUCAAUGAGAACAGUGGCGAUAAGUGGGUGGCUAAUGAUAAGACAGUGGGCGUAGGUGAUAAGAACGCAAAAAAUAAGUUGGAAACAUCAGCACCAGCAACACCAGCAACACCAGCAACACGAUCCUCUUCAACUGAAUUGCCUACGGACGAUGUUACUAUAGCGUCCGUGGAUGACACAAUCGAACCGAUAUUAAUUGAUGAAUCUGAUGUAGGCGAUUCAGUGGACUCGCCAAUGAAGCAAAAUAAACAGUCGGAAACUACCGUCACAGAGAAAAAGCAAACUGGCACUGCCGGGUAUGUAGAUAUGUCAACAACAAAAACCACAAUAACAACGACGAAAAAAGAUGGUCUAAUUGCAUGUGCAAUUAAGGCUGCCACGGAUAAUGAAAAUAUCGCUGAAUUGAAUGAGCCCGAGAUUGACGUAGAAAAAGAAAUAGAAGCAUUGUUAAUGAACAAAUCGGAAGAGCCGGAGAACGAAAGGAAUGCAGGCGCUGAUACACCAAGUAUAGCGGACGCUGCUCAAACCGACCAAACGCCAACAGCAAAAACGGUCACGUCCGAGUUGCUAAGUGAUAGUGUAGAUAAUUUGAUGGAAAGUGAGAGUGCGGCAGCACUGACGUAAGCCAUGGAAGAGCCAACAGCGCUCGCGCUGAGCGAUAGCAAGCAGUGGUUGCAACUGAAUUUUUAAAAUUCAUAUUUCUUAGUUUUUAUCAUAUAGUUUAUUACUUACAUUUUUGUAUUAUGUAGUUUUAGCGCUUAUACUAAGUUGUUGAUGUAUGUAACUGCGAAUAAUUUUGUAAAAAAUAAUAGACUAUUAUAUCAUUAAGCAUUGUUUAAUUUCGAAUUUUUGCAGGAGAAAUACAUAACAAUAAAACGGAAGGGCAAAGUUCGCUUACUCCAUUGCUUAGUCUUACAAAUAUUGUUUUAAGUUUCAUUCAUCAAUUAUGGUAUCGUUUAGAAUUUGUAAAUUUCUUGCAAUUUAUUAUAUUAUAUAAAUUUGAAGUAUCACUCUGAGUUUUCCACAUGUACAUACAUAUAUAGUGUAUAUAGAGUUAUUGAGCGAAUGAUACCAUCAUAAGAUUAAAUAAAUACUUUAUUUUUUUUA